CUAUGAAAACGGACACAUCACACUCACUCUCUCUCUUCCUCUCCCUUUUUUGAGCGGGAAAAUGAAGAGGCUUUCUCUCUCUUCGAAUCCUCCUUCUCUCCCUUUCUAAUCUCAUAUGUUAAGAAUGUUAUCCAUGGAUACACUUUGCUCUUCGAUUUGUUUGUGGAAUUUCUACUUAGAAGCUGUUUGAAAGGAUCCUUUGUUUUGAUUGUUGAAGGAUAAUUGGUGGUUGUUUCUUCGUGGCUAUGGCUGUUGUGUUUGAGGGCUUCUCGAUCCGUGAAUAUGCGGCGAAGAUGAGAAGCGUUGACGUGGUGAAAUGCUGGCCGUUUAGUGGAGGGACGGAUGAGAUAGUUAACAAAGAAGAUAUAGAUCGUUUGCUUCCUCCGAUUACCGUCACCAAAUUCCGCUGGUGGUCCCACGAGCUUGACCUUCUCAGAUCAUCAAACAACUCCAACUCCUCUAGUGUUGUAAAUGCUGAAGCUGAAGAAGAUAAUAAAUUGGUAGAGGAGGAGGAGGAGGAGGAGAAAUUGGAUAUGGUUUGUCCAGUUUGCCGAGUUUUCACAGCAGCCACAGUGAAUGCUCUAAAUGCUCAUAUCGACAACUGUCUCGUUCAGGCUUCGAGGGAGGAGAGACGCCGAAUGAGAUUGGCCAUAAAGGCAAAAUCAAGACCGCCUAAAAAAAGAUCUAUCGUCGAGAUAUUUGCGGAGUCUCGGCAGAUCGACAAGCUGGAUGUUAAUGACGACAACUUGCAUAAAGUGGAUGGUCAGCAGCAUGAACUAGAUUGUACUGAUGUUGAGUUCAAUUCCAAGAUUGUGAAGAAAAAGAAGAAGAAGAUGAAGAAAGUGAAAAUACUUAACAAGUUGAUGCAUAACAAGAAGAAGUUGAAGAAUAAGAGUUUAAAGAACAAGCUAAUUACAAACAAUAAGCUUUCUUGUCUGUUGCAGGAGAAUCCUAAUAAGCUCAAACUGCAAACUCCUGUCAAAUUUAAAAGAAAAGUGAAUGACUCAGUAUGUAAUAAGGGGUUAGCGAAAGGCAUCUUGGAUUCUGUUAUUAUCCACAGAAAGAAACAAGAUCUGAAACACAAAUCUCUUCGGAAGAGGCAUAGAAUUGUUAAAACAACCAAACUGGUUACAGAGAAUCAGGAAUCAGUGGUUCCUGUUCGUGGCAUUUUGAAGAAUCAUAAAAGAGAUGUUCUUGUGCAGAAUGCCUCAAUUUGCAGCGCGCAGACUGGCAGUCAGGUGAAUCCUUGUGACAUUCAUCAUUCAGAUAGGCAUGUCAGAUUUUCUGGUAAGGAUGACAUACUUGGACCAAGCAAGAGAAAUGUUUCUUCUUUUGAGAACAACAUUUGCAGGUUAUAUUCAGAUUCCAUAACUUCGUCAGAAAAGGACAGGUCAACAGAAAGUGAGGAUCAGUUAGCCACCUUAAAUGGUAUCAAUGGUGAUGUUGUGUCAAUUAGCCUAGAGCAGGAAACUGUUGUACAGCCUCUGAUUGAAAAGGAUUUGUUCCCUUGCAGUCAUGCUUCUGUUGAUAUACCAAAUUUUCAGAGGCCACACAAGAUUCCUCAAGAAAAAUUAAAGAAUUUUUCAGACAAAUCUGUUGAUAAUCUGUGUAUGUUUGAUCGAAGCAACCACUUAACUUCUUAUGGACCUUCAUAUGCUGAUACUCAACUUCUUUCUGCACUAAACAAAGUAAGUAAUCCAUGUGUGAAUCCUCAAUUUCAUGGUAGUGUUUCUAAAGCAUCCAAUUCCAGUGCAAGGUUCAUUGAUCAUUUUGAAAAUAGUUCCCAUGGAGUUGCUGAAAUGAGUUCAAUGGCAAAUAUGAGGCAAAUUUCGCAGCCUUCGUCAACAGCUUUUGCUUUAGAUGAAAGUGCUGAACUGAGGCUUCCAUCUCCUGCAGAAAAUAUGACUGGCCAUGGUAUGCAGUUUCCACCAUGUACUGAUCUAUCUACUGUGGAAUUCAGGAGUAGUUUGUGUCCCUUUCCAGAAUGGAAUCAAAGAGCAGUUUCCUUCAGACAGAACUGCAUGAGUGAGGAAUUUUUUGGCUUGCCUCUCAAUUCUCAAGGUGAACUUAUCCAGGCAAGUUCAAAUGGUAAAGGAUGUUACAACCAGCUAAACAAGUCAAACUUGGAAGCAGGUUCUUCCAGUGGCUUCCCUGUGCUCAACCAUGAACUGCAAAGAAAUAUGGGAGAUUGCUCCAGCAGCUUGAAAGAGAGACGAUAUGUAGAGAGAUUCUUUCCAAAAGAUCAGCUAAAUUUGUUUCCUGGAGAGAAUUAUGUGAAAGAGAACCCAAAUUUGCAUUUACCAGCCAGAUUAGGUGUUGCAGAAUCACCAGUCACGACAGAAGAUGUCCACAGGAUAAAUUCCAGGACUGGAAGCAGCCACUAUGUCCCCCUUUUGGAUUCAGAGCAGAACCUGAAAAACAUCUCUUUUGAUAGAUUCAGGCAGUAUGACCAGGCUCAGAAUCAAGAUGGCAUUGGGGUUGAUCAUCCAAAGGAAAAUUCAGAUCAGAUGUUGCUAAAUACAACUCAGCUGACAAUGAGAUUAAUGGGUAAAGACGUUGCUAUUGGUAGAAGUAGCAAAGAGAUGCAAGGAUUUCGGGAUGGACAGGUAUGGACUGAUAAGGAAAUCAUAUCAGAGCAUUGUACUUCAAGUACUGGCCCAGAAAAUUUGUCAGUCAAGAGCCAUUUUCAGAAUUGGCUAAAGCCCGCAUCGGGAAAAUUAAAUCAACCAUUAGAAAUCCACAGCAGUCAGGCCUCUCAAAGUAACCCUUUGAUGAGGGGUCCAGAUUCUAGGUUUUUCCACCCAUACGGGAACUGGAAAACUAAUACAGUGUUUGAGAAUGGCAUCCAUCCAGUCAACAGAAAUCAUAGUUCUAAAUUGCACACUAUUGCAAAUCCCCUUCCUCUCCAGGAAAUGUUAAACUGGACUGGCAACUUGCAGGAAACCUUUAUACCUGGACCUGAUACUUCAAGCGUCAGCUCUCAUGCUGGAUCUGCUCCUCAUAUUAAUUCUCAGCUGAGGGAUUGGAGUCCCGCUGGAUUCCCAUACAAGCAGAAUCAACCUCAAGUUACAAAAUCAGCCUUCAGUUUUCCUUUCUUGCACUCAGAUCAUGUUGAACCUGUUCAACAGUCUUGGUUUCAGAGCUCUUCUAAGAGCCUGGUUCCAUGGUUGUUACAGACUAAACAAGUAAAGGCACCUGCUAGUGUACCUUUUGCUGGUUUUGAUGGGAAAUAUUAUCCCCAUUCAACUGAACCUAAUCUUCCUGUUAUCCCAUCGUUUCAUCAGUCACCUGUAGCUUAUCCUUACAAUUUCAUGACCUCUCAGACACCUAUGCAGAGUUCACUUGGUCCAGUAGCUUUAGUUCACCCUUCUUUUGUUUCAGCCCAUUCGGGAACUCAACCGAUCUCUUCCAUCAAUAUGAACUACAGAAACAGAAACAGGGCCAAAAACAGAAUGCAAUCAAAAGCUUUAGGUAUUAAAAGUCUCAAUCAUUGCCAGAAAACCAAGAAGAUGCCUGCAUCUAUAGAUGGCUAUUCAACAAAUGCUGCUAAGAUUUCUAAUUUAGUACAAGAAGAUUCAAGUGCUGUGAUGGAAUUUACAAGAGAAGAUUAUGGCGGAAAUAUUCGAUGUAAUGCAGGAGCUUCAGAAACCAAUUUUUACAAGGACCGAGCAAGCAGUUCAGGAUGUGACCCCCUGGAAGUACAAGAAGAUGUGUAUUCUAUGACAGGGUUGGCUAGUGGAGGCAAUUUUAUUCAGGAUAUACAAUAUAAUGGUGGAUCACUCAAACUCAAUUCGGAUUGUGUUGGAGCAAGCGGUGUGGGAUGUGCUCCAAAUGAGAGCCUGAAUUUUGGAGUUAGAACUUCACUUGUUUAUGAUUCUUCUAAAGUGGACGGAAUAGGAAGAUCAGGUCCUAUUAAACUAAGUGCGGGAGCAAAGCACAUCCUGAAACCCAGUCAAAAUAUGGACCAAGACAACUCCAGACUGGUCCAUUCAACCAUCCCUUUUGCUACAGCACCUGAUUCUGCUUACCUCCGGGAGUCUCAGAAAAAAUCAACCAAGGUUUACAGGUUUUAGGAGUUUCUUUUUCUGGUCAAGCAAAAGACUGUUCGUGUUUGAUUGCUUUUGGGGUUUUAAUGCCUGAGCUCGAAGAUAAAAGUCGAAGUCCAGUACCAAGGUCCUUUGCUGCCACUUUCAACAUGUGGAAUUUUGCUACCUUGUUUUAUAUUCACUGAUUCUUAGAGAGAUCAGUCUGAGUUAGAAGUUUUGUUCUUAAACUAUUUAUCUACACAAACAGUCAUGCUUCUGUGUAUUCCGAACGACUUGACUUGCUGUUUAAAUAUUUAGCCGUGUGAAACUUUCAUCUUUAUUGUUGGUGAGAUGAUUUUUUUGGUACUGGGUGAUUAUAAUUAAUGAAUGCAAGGAUCUAUAUUGCUUGUGUAAA